AUGAAGGGAUCAGCAACAGCAGCAGCAGCAACAUCAGCAGCAGCCCCCGUGUGCCAUCUGUGUGGGGCCUGCGCUGUCAGCCCAUCCUAUACUUCAGCAGCAGCAGCAGCGGCAACAGCAGCAGCAGCAACACCAGCAGCAGCAGCAGCAGCAACAUCAGCAGCAGCAGCAGCAGCAGCAGCAAGAGGGGGGCCCCUGUAUGGGUUUGCGCGGUGCCUAACGCGGCUGCUGCGGCACGAGGGGCCCCAAAGGGGCCUCCAAAUGCGGCCCGACGGCUUUGUGUCAGUUGCUGCUGUUUUGCUGCUGCAGCAAAACAGCAAAUUCACUUUCGCCGAUUUGCUGCAGGUCGUAGCAGCAGACAACAAACAGCGCUUCCAGCUGGCUCUCGCAAGCAGCCCUUUUGCUGCUGCUGCUGCUGCAGGGGAGCAGCAGCAGCAGCAGCAGCAGGGCCCCCUCAGCCCCCUCCGGGUGCUGCCGGCCGGGGCGGUCUGCUGCAUGCGCUGCUGCGGGGUGCCUCCAGCAGCAGCAGCAGCAGGGCCGAGGGGCUCUGCUGCUGCUGCUGCUGCUGCUGAGGUGUACAUCCGGGCGACGCAGGGGCACUCAGUUGCUGUUGUGGAGAGUUCGUUGCUGCUGUCUCCGGUGGUAUCUGAGCAGCAGCUGCUGCAGCAGCUGCUGCAGCGGAGGCCCCCCGGGGGCCCCCCGAGUGCUGCUGCUGCCGCUGCUGCUGCUGCUGCUGGGGCGAAGGGUUUUGCUUCUCCUUUUAAAGUAGUUUUUGUUCACGGGACCUUCCUGAAGUGUUGGGAGUCCAUUAAACUUCAGGGAAUUCGAAAAAUGGGAAGAAGACAUAUUCACUUUGUCCCCUGCAUAGCUGCAGCACCAGCAGCAGCAGGUGCAGCAGCAGCAGCAGGCGCAGCAGCAGCUCCGGCGCAGCAACGGCCGCCGUCCACCGCCCCCCUUGAGCCGCCGCAGCCCGCCGCCGCCGCCGCAGCAGCAGCAGCGGCAGCAGCAGCAGCAGCAGCAGCAGCGGGAUCGCUGCAGCCGCUGAGCGCGUCGGGUUUUCGAAGAGGGUGCGAGUUGCUGCUGCUGCUGAACUUGGAAAAAGCUUUGCAGGAAAAAAUUAUUUUUUUUAUUUCAAAUAAUUUUCUUCUUUUGACGGAAGGCAGCAAAGACGGCAGCGUGCCCCUCAGGUGUAUAGACACCGCAAUCCUCAAGGCCACUGGCCAGCAGCUCCCCCUCCACUAG